GCGCAAUGUGGUACUGGUACAUUAGAUUUCAAAAUCGGUAGCGAUUGGGACACUAAAGAAUAUUAUUACGCUUACGUCUAUCUCAAGGAUGAUAAGUCAUGCAAUGGUAAAGGUGGUGAAUUUAAACUUAUUA